CAAAAGAAAAUAUUUUUGCUUGAGAUACCUAUAUAAGCAUGUUGGAUGCUAACUACACUUGAGAUACAGAACAUACAAACACACAAAAAUGUUCAUGCUUAUACAACUAGUCGUUAUCGUUCUAGCUUUCGUCUCUCAUGAACAUGAGGCUAUGGCUGCGUAUGUGCCGCCAUACACAUCUGUAGUAGUUCCGGUUAACAAACAUACCGACGCCGCUAAGCCUCUCUAUAGUGUUCAGAUCAUGACAGCCUAUGUAAACAUGCAAUACUUGCAUGCAAACUUCCUUAUCGACAUCGACGCUCCCUUCAUAUGGCACGACUGUAUCGUGCAAUGGAACAUAUAUCCAGGCAGUUGCCCCCCCAACACGCUUUGCACAUCUCCUGUUUCUUGCGAAGAGUAUCAAUGCACAGAUGUUCGUGCUUCUUACGGUUAUAAGAAUCCUUCUUGCGCUCCAGAAACCAAUAGUUCCACGUUACCUGGUUGGGGAUUCUGUACAUGUCCGGUCAACGUGGUUAACCCCGUGACUGGUUCAUGUAGCCAAGCCCUCCUCAACUACGACGAUUUCACAGUGAACACAAGUGACGGCAGAAAUGUUUUCAAUGGUUUAUACGGUGCAUACCCUAAUGCGGCAUGUGCACCUUCUUCGACAUUUGCAUCAUUUCCUGCAAAUGUUUCUGGUGUCAUGGCGUUUUCUACCUCGCCUUACGCCUUCCCAGCUUACUUAUAUCAACCUCUUAAAAAAACUUUUGCUCUAUGUCUUCCAAGCAAGCCGGCCCCUGGGGUCCUAUUUUAUGGAACCGGUCCUUAUUACCUUUUUCCACAAUCGAAUGUCGAUGUUAGGAGCUACCUUUCGUAUACACCGUUAGUAAAGCAUCCGGAUUCUUUCGGAUACUUUAUUAGUGUCAAUAGCAUUGUAAUUAAAAAGAGAUCUAUCAACGUUCCCACGGAUGCUAGUACUAGGCUUAGUACAAUAGAUCCUUACACCACUCUUCGAACCGACAUUUAUAAUGGUGUGGUUAGGAGGUUUUCAAUGGUUACAAAACGAUUACGUCCUGCAAAGCCAGUCGCGCCCUUCGGCCUUUGUUACAGCACCUCCACCACUGGUUUAAAAGUUCCUGAUAUCGAUUUCAGCCUCCCGGAUGGGAAAAAGUGGACUGUAUCCUCAACUAAUUCCAUUAAGCAAGUAACAAGCGAGGUGGCGUGUUUGGCAUUUGUUGACGGUGGUGCAACGAGUGAGCCUGCAAUCGUGAUAGGGACGUUUCAGUUUGAGGACAACUUUCUAGAAUUUGAUCUAGAGAAUUCGACUCUUGGGUUCAGUUCAUCGUUGCUACGUAAGCAGACUUCUUGUGCAAACUUCAACUUUACUCUUACCAACAGCCCUUAAAACUUUUGAGGAAAUGUAUUGCUGAAUAGUUUGCUAUCCGAAUAAAGAAGUCUUGUUUAGAUGUGAUAUCUAUGAAUUCGAUACAUAAAUAAUCAUUUAUUCGGAUUCUCCAUGAUUUUCAAAUUUGUUAUCUGUCUUAAUUUGCUAGUAUCAAACUAUCAACUAAAUCAAAUGUGAAAUUAAGUUCUUGUUA